GGCGUCGGCGUGGUGGUCGGCGGCAUUCUGAGAUCUGGCCGCGUCCACCAGAACCAGCAGCUGCUGAUGGGGCCAGACGGGGCUGGCCAGUUCAAGCCAGUCCUUGUCAAGACCAUACACUACAAGCGCGCGCCGGUCGACGGGAUCGAGUCUGGCCAGCACUGCGGCAUCGCCGUGCGGUCGCUGGUGAAGAAG